UAUGCAAAAGGAGACUUACUCAGAAGAAGACAUAAAUGAUACUGCUGAAGCAUUUUACUCUGAGAAUGGUGAAAAUGACUCUAAUGGAAAUAAUUUACUUCAUUACCUCAUGAUGUACUUUGAUACUGACCCUGAGUCGAGUAGUGAGAAAGGUUUUGAUCUGAUUAACGAUGGUAUUGACCCUAAUCAUUACAACCAAGAGACUUUUACUCCCUUGCACCUAGCUAUUAGGUUCAAACAGAUUGAAGCUAUCAAAUUUUGAAUCAGGGUAAAUAAAGCAGCCAUGAGAGAAGGCAAACCCGAGAUAUUUGAUUUUACUCUUAAGUCAAACUAACAGUUAUACGUGUCUUCAUCUCGCAUGUGUCCAUUGUUUUGGAGAAUUUCUAGACCUCUUAAUAAUCGAUCCUUAUCUUACUUCAAAACUCAGCUUUAAAGCUCGAGACAAGGCAGGCAAAAAGCCUAGCCAAUAUGUUCUUUUUAACUCACAAUAUUUUAAAUAAAUGUAAAAGAAUUGAAAAGCUCUCUGUUCUGAGAUUCCAAAAGCAAAAGCAGUUCAAAAUAAAACCACAAAAAUAAAGAAUCUGAAGUAGUACACACAGAAAAUAUCCCUGAUGAUGAUCUUGACGAGAACGUCUUCGAGAUCUCUGAAGAGAUUGCACCUGAAAUAAAUGCAAAGAAGAUUUUAAACAAUUUGAACAUCUCAGGGACAGGACGUAAACGGAGACAUAAACCUAAGAUAGAGGCACUGGCCUGAGUUUCUGUACCACAGAUAAUCAAGCAGACUGAUAUUCCUUGAUUUGACUACCUGAUUAAGAGCAAAAAUAGACACACAAGGAAUUCUACCCAUCCCGUAAAAGGAUAUGACUCAGACUUCAUCAACUUUAAAGCAGUAGUACAGGAAUUACGGAAGUACAAGCCAAUGCGAGAGGAAAUUAUCCCAACAAACUUCAGUGAGCACAUAAAAAUUCAGAAAACCUUAAAAGUUAGUGUUGAGAAAUCACCAGGAAUGUUCUCUCUUAACAAAGUAAUUGAUACCCCUUCUCGAGAAAAUUGUGCUACAAAUUCAAGUUUUAACGAAGAAGACCUUGACUUUAAUCAAGUUUUAAAUGAUAGAAUUAAUAAUUGAACUAUAAGUCAAGAAAGUACUAGUGAGGAACACUUUGAUAAACCUUGCCCAUCUCUAGGCUUAAUAAGACAAAUUACCAACAAAUAAAUCUGAGCUACUAACCUGCUCCAAAGUGAUUGAUUACUCAGAUUAUUCUGAGAGAUACAAAACAACUCGUAACAAAUCAUCCGCUAAAUUUAAUUUCCAAAAUGCAGUGGAAAAUCUCACAGAUAAGAAGGCGGAAAAUCCUUACAAAAAUAUCGCCUUAGAAGAAUUUGAAAAGAAUAUUGAAGCACUUAACGAAAAUGAGCUGACAGUUGAGAUGCAACCCUCAAUGCCAAAGUACAUGAUCCAAAGCAGCAAGAGCACGGCUAAUCUUCAGUCAAAAAAUUCAAAAUUUGAUGAGAACGAUAAAACUAUUGACCUUCGGAGCAAGAUAAACCAUAGAAUUUUUAGAAAAGACAAGGAAAUCAACAGGCGGACUUUUAAGAAAUCUAUGACGAAUACUAAAAGUGUGAGUAAUCUCUUAAGCACAGAUGUCAAAGGAAAUCCUUACCAGCUAUUGAUUCCUCAGAAAUGAACUACUAAGCCUUUGAGCGAUAAAUAUAGAGAAAUCAGCUGAAUUACAUCAUUGAACAAAAUCUUAACUCAUAUUGACCUGAACAUUAUGGAAGCUAAAGGCAAUGUGAGUAUCCCUGUAGUAGACAUGAUUAGCAUGCUUCGAAGAAGACAGGAACUCCAAAAACUCCCAAAAUCGGUCAUUGAGUACUUAAAGGAACAGAUUAAGCUAAAAAGAUAUCGAAUUGACAGAAAGAAGUGCAAGUAUUCUUUCAGACCUCAAAAUCUGAUCUUUGAAUACCUUAUGCAAGAGCUGAAACUCUCAGCAGCUCAAUGAGGAGGAGCUAAGACUUCAGAUGCGAAGAAGUCAAGGCCUUCAAGAGUUUUUGGGCCAAAGUCAAUACAGUUUGGGUGCUACAAAGUAAAUCCUCUUUUAUAAAACUUCAAUAUA